AUGGAGUAUUUUACCAGAUUGCUGAGGAAGAUUGGCAAACUUAACAGGUUUAAAUUUCACUCUAGAUGCAAGGGUUUGAGGCUUAAUCACCUUAUUUUUGCUGAUGACUUGUUGCUCUUCAGUUAUGGUGAUAAGCUGUCUAUUGAGCUGCUGGUCAGAGGUCUUAGGACCUUUGAGAAAUGUUAUGUUUUAAAAGCUAAUGCUGAGAAAACUGCUCUCUAUUUUGGCAAUGUUCCUGAUACAGCUAGAUCCCAGAUUAUGCUAGUCACUGGUUUUACAGUAGGUGAGAUGCCUUUUAAGUAUCUUGGGCUUCCUUUAAAUGCUAGAUACUUGAGAAUUGUUGAGUUUGAUAGCAUUAUAGAUAAAAUGCUUAAUAAGAUUACCUGCUGGUCUAGUAGGAAUUUAUCUUAUUCUGCUAGGGUGAUCCUUGUCAAUUCUGUCCUUAUGAGUAUACACACGUAUUGGGCUCAGUGUGCUCUUUUACCUACUGGGGUUGUGACCAGAAUUACUCAGCUGUGUCGUGCUUUCUUACGGGGUGGGAAUGUUGUUCUUUCCAAGACCCCCAGUUGCUUGGGAUUGGAUUUGCAAGCCUAA